AUGUUAGGCAAAGUCGUCCUCGAAGAAGCCUACGAGAGGCCAAAUAUGAAAGAAAAGUCCAACCAUGAGGCUGGUCUCUACAUCGCUCCCAAUGACCGUCCCCGCUACAUGCGUCAAAUCAACGACAUCAACCAAGAACGACUGAAACUAGCCGACGCACACGGCGUGGGAUACACCAUCAUCUCUCUCACCGUUCCCGGCAUCCAAGGGAUCUUUGACAAGACCGAAGCUGAGCGAGUGGCCACUGAGACCAACAAUUGGGCAGCGGAACAGAUCAAAAACCAUCGGGACCGUCUGGGGGCUUUCGCUUGCCUCUCAAUGCAUGAUCCGGCUCAGGCCGCGAACGAAUUGCGUCGGUGCGUCCAGGAACUAGGAUUUCACGGCGCGCUGCUUUGCAGUUUUCAGCAUGCAGGUCCCGAUGGUGAGACGUACCUGUUUUAUGAUCAGCCGAAAUAUGAUGUGUUCUGGAAAGCUCUAACAGAGCUGGACGUCCCGCUGUACAUCCACCCUGCUGCUCCGACCGGGUCCAUCCUCGAGAGACUCUAUGCCCAGCGACCUGCGCUUAUCGGCCCGCCUCUAUCAUUUGCCAAUGAUGUCAGUCUCCAUACGUUGGGAAUCAUCUCCAAUGGAGUUUUUGAUCGCUUUCCAAAUCUUAAAAUCAUCAUUGGUCAUCUAGGAGAGCACAUUCCCUUCGAUUUCUGGCGGAUUGACCAUUGGUUCCGGGAUGUGAAGAAACCGAUAGCGGAUGAGGAGGGCCGGGUCAUGGCUCAGAAGAGCCUCUACCACUACUUUAAGCAUAAUAUAUGGCUUACGACUAGUGGUCACUUCUCUACUCCGACUUUGAAGUAUGUGGUCAAUGAGAUUGGUGUUGACCGGGUGCUGUUUAGCGUCGACUACCCGUAUGAAACGACGGAGAGUGGCUGUAACUGGUGGGAUCAUGACAAGGACGCUAUUGUUGAGGCUGUGGGAGGUGUCGACAAUUAUUAUGCGAUUGGUCGGGAAAAUGCGAAGAAAUUGCUGAGGUUGGACAAGUUUCACGAUAGUGAUGCUCGAUGA